AUGAGAGCUGAGGGUGACAGCAGAUUUCCUCACCUGUUUGCCCCAGAAUGGAAGCAACUGCAGCUCAAGCCAUUGGUCCAGGGCCAUGUCCUGAGUUCCCGCUUCAGGGGCAAGUUCAAAGAAAUCUGCGAACGCCCAAAUGGUGUUUGCCAAUUGUAUUGCCUUGAAACGGAAGUCUACGUUGGGAGGUGUUUAAACAGACGACCGUGCUGCCUGCCCAUGGGGAAUCAACCCAGAGUUGAGGAUGACACACCCAAGAGCUGA